CUGCAGCAUAGGGCGAGAGCUGGUGCAGUAGCAGCAUCUGGACAAGCGGUUCAUCAUCUAAGAAACUUCUUCUCUGAGCAUUUUUCCUGAUGCCUGCAGAUGAUUUUCAUUUCCUGUCAUACUGCUCGUAUUUGUUCAGACAAUCUUUUUCCUCCGGUUGCUGUUUCGUGGAAAUUUAUUUUCUUGUUAAUUUAUCAACUUUUAAUUUUCUAAAAUAUUCAACAAGACAGAAAACAAAGAAACUUGGAGGACUCUCUGGUGCCAGGCGAAAAGAAUCAUGUAUUUAAACAACAAAAAUAAUGCCAUAAACGUAGAAAGGAGUAAAAAGAACAUAAAAGGGAAAACAUGGGCUCACUUGAAGACAAUUCCUCGCCAGGAAGAGGUUUUUACCGUGAUGUCUCCAAAUUUGGGCAAAAAGGCGGGGACAAAAGAGAACGAGACAGGGGAUGAGGCGGCGAUGCAGCACACGGCAUUUGGAAAGGCCUUGUAUGAUCUGACCCAUUCAGAAAAGGUGAUGAAUGACCUGAUAUUUGGACGUCGAGUAGGGCUUUACGAGCUCAGAGGGGAGAUUGGGUCUGGCAACUUCUCCCAGGUUAGAUUGGGAAUUCAUGACCUGACCAAAGAAAGAGUAGCUGUAAAAGUCCUGGAUAAGGCGCGUUUGGACAAACGCUCUCAGGGUCUUUUUGCCUCUGAAAUCUCUUGCAUGGAGAAGCUGGCCCACCCCAACAUAGUACGCCUGUAUGAGGUGGUGGAAACAUUCAAGCGGCUCUACCUGGUGAUGGAGUAUGCCAGCGGAGGAGAGCUGUUCUCCCGCAUCAGCACCAGGGGGCGCCUGUCAGACCUGGAGAGCAAGCUUGUCUUUUCACAGGUCCUGUCUGCAGUCAGAUAUAUGCAUGAUAAUAAUAUCGUCCACAGGGACCUGAAGGCUGAGAAUAUCUUUUACACCAGCACAUACUGCAUUAAAGUGGGUGAUUUUGGUUUUAGUACAUCCUGCUGCCUCAGCGAUGUCCUCCACACAUCCUGUGGUUCUCCGCCUUAUGCAGCCCCUGAGCUGUUCAAAGAGAAAGGCUACAUUGGUCAGUACGUAGAUAUCUGGGCAAUGGGUAUUUUGCUUUACUUUAUGGUGACUGCCACGAUGCCAUUUAAAGCCAGUAACACAGGCAGACUUAAGUGCUGCAUCCUGCAGGGCUCUUAUACAAUCCCCUCUUAUGUACCCCAGUCAUGCCAGGAUAUUAUCAAGGGCCUCUUGAGGCAACUUCCACUGGAUCGCCUCACUAUGACACAGAUCAUGGAGAGUGACUGGAUGAGAGGCAUUGAAUACCCUCAGGCCUAUGCACCUUGUAGAUCUACCCCCUUUCAUCUGGCUGAACCCAACUACAUCCUGACGGCAGAUGAUCUAAAUUUAAAAGCAAUGCUGGAGGAUCUUGGCAUCACCAAAGUUCAUCUUCUCAACAACAACCUAAACUUGCAGAGCCCCAUUACUGGUGCAUAUCGGAUUUUGCUACAUCGAAUUCAGAAGAGGAGGUCUGUGGAAGCUGUGGGUUACAUUCAGACAUGCACCAGAGAGUCUCAGAACAGACUCAGAUGGAGAGCAGGUUCAGACGGCCUGCUAAACAAGCGCUACUCUGUGGUCUGUGUCAUCAUGUAGUUUUUGUUUCUUAAAGAAAUUAAAGAGUACAGCACCAGCUUAGGAAAACUUGGCUUAGCUUCCUGAAGAACAACCAUGAGAUGAGAAGAGGGGUACAAUUACUAGGAGCCUAGCUCUGCAGACCAGUGAAUGUAUCUAUCUAUCUAUCUAUCUAUCUAUCUAUCUAUCUAUCUAUCUAUCUAUCUAUCUAUCUAUCUAUCUAUCUAUCUAUCUAUCUAUCUAUCUAUCUAUCUGUUGUCAUAUGGAGCUGCUUAAGGGGUGAAAUGGUUUCAUUUUUGAGUUGUUUUUGGAUAGGAUGUUAUUGUAAAAGCCAGUGUACACACCAACACACUCUGUGACCAUACUUGGCACUCUUUUUUAGCUUUAACAAAGUGAGCAUUUAAGCCAACUGAGCCUGGCAGAAAUGUUAUGAGGGCUGACAAUGACCCAGGUUCAUCUUUUGGUAAGGUAAUAGGAAUGUGGAAAUAAACCACAUAAAUACACGUUCAUUUUUAAAUGAGCAAAGUCUUGAUUGGUUUUAACAAUACGUGCAUGUUUCUGUGUUUUGUUUCACAAGAUCAUAAUACUCCAUAUAUCUGAAUUUUAAAUAUGAUUUUAAUCUGUUUGUAGGGUUUUCAUUCAUCUUUUCCCGAAGCUUAGAUUCUUUGUUUUAUUAGCUCUUGGAGUUUGAAAAAAAUAAACUCCAUGUUUAUUCAUUUCAAAUAAAAUUACAAAGCAAAAAGCAAAGUUACCUUGCUGACACAGUAAUGUGUAGCUUGCCCAACAAUGUUUAUUUUUAAAGUAGACACAGAGAUUUAUAUCUGAAAAUUAGAGUUCUGCCAAUUGCAGUUUUUCUGUCCAAUUCUAGGUUUUUCUAAGUCUGAUCUCCCGAUACCGAUUUUUGCAGAUUUCCAUUUUCUUUCUAAAACUGUAACUGACAAUUUUUUAAUGCAAAUUAUUAUUUUAAUAACAUUAUAACUUUCCUAAAACUGUAUUAAGUUACAGGAUCUUCUCUCAGUUAAAAAACAACAACUUAAGUGCUCUGCUACUGGAAGUUGGUGCAACUGAAGAUGAGUUUGUGUGCUGUGUCACCUUUACCUGACUAAUUGUACCUUACGAAACACAGCAGUUGCAAAAGAUUUUUGUAAAACAAAUGUCAGUUACUCACAUCUUUUACCAGUAUGACAGGACAUCCACCCUUUUCUCUGUUUUGUCUUUUGUCCACUUGCCAGUUAGUGCUUUGACGCUUUGCUCAUACUUAGGUUGCUAGCAUUUGGCUGGCUCUGUACUCUGGGCAGCUCUAGCUUUAGCCAUUAGCUUUUUAAAAAUGUUCAUGUUUAGCUGUGCGAGGGUGAUUUAAGCGUCUGAUUAGGUUUGAUGCUAAACCAUAUACUUGCACUGUUGUGUGCAUGUUAUGCUAGCAUGAAAUACACCGGCUCAUAAGCAGACUUACGGUAGGUCAGCCACCAUCAGGUCAGCAAUUUUUCCAAGGGCCCAUAUGAAGCACCAAUAAACUGAAGUCAGUUCAGGUCAAUAUUAAUUUUAUUUUUUUAUCUUACAAUUUAGUAAUGAAAUUGUGAAAUAACAUAGUAAAAUACCAACAUUUUAAUCAACAUUACCAAAACCAACUGUGAACAAAUGGCCACGUUUUCUUUUGCAAAAUUUCAAAAACUUUCUGUAGACUGUUACUGCACAUAGUUUAGGUUUUUAAUUUUUCCUUCUUCACUAAGAGACAUCUAGUCUGUUUUGGGCUUGAACAAAUAGAUUAAAGUCGCCUUGGAUCACCCAGAGAGGUGAUCAUCACAGAGAGAGGCUUUGUAUUUGGAUUUGUUGAACUUUAUCAACGAAAUUGUUUGUUCGUAUAUAAAGGUAGAUCAAAAAAGAACCAAUGUCUUCUGAGCUGCUCACGUGUGGAAAAUUCACCUGUUUAAGAGCAGAACAAAAAUCUUACACACUCCUUGGUGCAUAACACAAUGCAAAAACACCAAUUUCUCAGUUUAUUUCAGUCACUUUAUCUUGGAUCUGCUUCAAAAGUUUCCCCUGUCAGAUUUGGACAGCCAGUGGUUGUAACACAUGUUGUAAAACAAGUUUGUCCCAUUUCAGCCGCACCCUAUCCAAACUUACAAAUCACUCCUUCUUGUAGUCCCUUUCACUGAGUGCAUUGAUGCCAGCUCAUGCAUGAUCUUAAAGUCGGUCAUUAUCCAACAUACAAAGAUGUGCUGUGUCGUGGACAUCGCAGCUCUCAUCCAGAGCCAAGGAGAAAAAGUCAAAUUAUCUCCUUUGUUUAUGAACUGAAGCUCCAGAUUUCCCACAAUGUCCUCGAUCUGUUUUAUUUAUUUAUUUAUUUAUUUAUUUCUGUAUUUAUUUAUUUAUUUAUGUAUUUAUUUUGGUUGCCUGUGAAGCACUCUGGUUGUUUUAAAUGUGCUAUACAAAUAAAUAUGACUUUGACCUUGA